CAGCAGUUGUGCUGCACUGACCUUCACGAUCAGCAGUCUUCUUUUCCUUGACUUAAGAUCUUGGGAAGGCACUCUUCUCUCGUCGAGUGCUACUGUUGUCGGCGUCGUCACACACGUCUAGCAAGGUUCUUUACCGCCAUCCCCCCCAAAGUCUUUCAGCCCUCCAUGGCCGCCACUCUUUACCCUUCAGCUGCUGAUUCUGGACCUGGAGUGCAUUCUAGUGCAUACUCAAGGUCUCUUAUGACAGACUAUGAAUUCAGAGACGGUCGGUAUCCAUCGUUACCCCCGCAUUCAACAUUAAAAGGCACCACGAGGUCGAGCCCUGUGUUACUGGGUACUCAGAACAUGACUGCUUGGGAGAAGGAGGCGAAAGAAGACGAUGAAUACUUCAAACAGAGGCUGGUCACUGCAGAUCCGAGUACGACAGAGAAGACUUCAUCGUCGCAAGAAUAUUCAUCUCCAGAACAGAAGCUUUCUCCUUCCAGCCGGGCAACUCAGUCUUCGGUCACUCCUCAAGCUCAAGCUGGCCCAUCUUCAUCGCCCAUUAAUCAGUCCCAGGAGCAACCCAGGAAUGCUGUAUCAUAUUCGUUACCUCAAGGCGCGCCUCGGCGAGUAGUCGAACGUUACAGUCUUGAAAACAGUGACCUUCCCCAAUUGCCUCCUCAAAUUCCUGCUGAAGCAUUACCCGCACCCGACGAACCAACUCGCAGCAGUGCUCCUCAACCACAACAUCCCCCAGAACUUACCAUUCCUUCAGCACCACGCCACCCAUCUUUACCAGCAGCAGGAAUCGGAGCAAGCAAUCCAAAUAAUCAAAACAGAUCCACCUCUCCGUCAUUCAUGCCAUUAUCAGCCUCUCCCACUUACAAUCCACCGGUUUCAACGAGGCAAAGAGCGUACCCUCAACAACCGACGUUUAUAAACAAUCCUACGCCAGUCAACCCUGUUUAUCUCCCCAAGAACCCUCUGGCAGAAGAAGUCUGCCUAGAAUGUGCCAUGCGAGAUCAAGAUAUGGCCGAUGUGGAUGUCGCUUCCCCAGGAGUGUGGGAUAGGGAAAGCGAUAUCCAUUACGAGGAACUCAAACGGAGAGAAGCAGAGGAGGAAGCUACCGGUAUCAUAAACACUGAGACACCCCCCAGACCUCGGGCGUAUGGUGGGAAGUUAACUGAACAGAAUAUUAAGUUAUGGUUAAGUGUGAACCCACGCGAACCAACAUCCCGACAACAGACUCUGAAUACGUUUGUCAAGUCGCAGCGGGCGUUGUUGGAAGCUCAAGCCACCGCACAAACCAAGGCUAUCAAAGAGGCUCGACAGUUGGAUAACCGGAUGCGCGAUGCCUACUCCCAGCUGAGGCGUUCGGCAUAUGACACGGGCAACAGUGCGGCCCCUGCUGAUGAUACUGGUGGAAUCCGCAUUAAACCACCGUCUACCCCAUCUUCACCCGCAUUUGCUCCCACUCAUGAGCGUACUCAUUCCAGGGACGUCACCCUUCUCGAAAAUGGGAUGAUAGUUGAACAUGUCGAUGUGCGGAAGGAGGAACGAGAAGUAAGGUCCAGGCAGCGAAGAGAGGAAAGACGGGCUAGAAAGUCAUCGCGCAGUUCUGUGAUUGAUGCGACUUCCUUCGUCUCUACUCAUAGUCUGGUCCUUCCCACAUCUCAUACGGACAAUGGUAUCGGCCUGUCUCCGUACUCUCGACUUUCCCAAGCGAGUUCAGCACCGAGACCUAUGAGUGUCUUCACCGGUCCUGGCGAUCGCCCUGAUAUUCCACGUGCAUAUUCGCAGGCAUCGUUCUCGGAUAUGCAAAGCUUAUCUCCUUCACCAAGACGGUCUCGUUUCUUUGGUGGCUUAAGAGGCAGCGGAUGGCUCAGCCAAGACAGUCUGGCACCAUCUGGGAUGUCUGGAAGCAUGAUUGAUAUGCACGUCGCCCUUCAGCGUGAGGCUGAGCGCAAGAUUGAUGUGGUGUCUCCGGCUGAUAUGAACCACAAUGGCAAUUACUGGCCGAAGGUGGAGUUGGAAACAACCACAUCCGGGCAGUCUUCACAGGAGAAGAAGAAGAAGAAAGGUCUGGCAAAGAUAUGGCAGAUGGUCACCCGAUCAAAAGACAAGAGCAGGCCCCAGGAAGCCUCGGACUCUAUGCCCAAAGUUGACGAUGAUUUUCCACUAGCACCUCCUCCCCCACUUUCGUAUCUCGUCGAUCGUAUGCCUGGGGAAAGACAUACUUCAAGCUCCACAGCCUCUCUUCCAUCUACGGUUUCCCCAAAGUUCGGAUUGACAGCCAGUGUUUCGCCCGUCACCGCACCUUCCUCUAGCAUUCCUUCACCUACUUCUUCUGGUCAGUCCGGUGCUGAUCAAGACACUGUGGCACCUGAAGACAAACAAGUCAAUGGUAAGGCUUUUGGCGUGGAUCUCCGGCAGCCAGAGAGCGGUCGCCUUAGUCCCAAAGGCGUCCAUUCAGCGUUGUCGGAACCUGAUCUUCGAGGACGCGCUUCCCCUAGACCACCCAGUUCGCCGCCGCCUCCUCUUCCCAAUAACGGUUGGCUUACACCGCUUACCUUAUCUCCAGCUUUCCGUGAUAAGUCAUUACCACCUCUACCUGCUGAAGCGAUGCCCCGACCUGACUGUACCUCAAGUGAUACUCGUCCACGAACCGUUUACACUUACGAUUGUCAAUUACCUCCGGGGGCAUCGCCUAAUCACGAUUUCCUACCCCCGAGUGCACCUUUCCGAAGUACUGGCGCGAGACGGCAGUCGUUUGGCGGUUUGACUUCGAGGCCGAGGUUUGAAAACAUCCUGAGUAGGACCACCAAUGGGUUAGCUUCUCGGCCUCUUACCGCCAACUACGACGAGUUUGGAAGUUCGAGACGGUCUCUCGGUUUGAGAGAUCUCAUAUCCCCUGCGCGGAAUUCUGUCGCUGUUCCAACGAAGCGAAAAUCUCGGUUCGGUUUAUCGUCGCUAUUUGGGAAGAAAAGCCUUGUGUCAGAAAAAGACAUGAACAAAGAAAGUUAUAUGCAUUCUCCCACCGUUUACAGUGAUGGGCCCGAGGAUGUCCUGACAGGUUACGCGGCGUCGUCGCGACAUAGCGUCCUGAGCAGCAAUACUGGUGGGCCUGCUUCCGGUCUCCGCAUGUCGGUCGCUUCAAGGAAGGGUUUGGAAGAUCUCGUUGCUCAGGAUCCGGAAUUCGUUGCAUAUCGGUAUCCUUCACAAGAUCAACGUCUAGAAAUGUUUACUAGGUAGCUGCGGAAUUCGUCAUCAUGCAGAUUCCUCUGUUUCUUCAUCGUUGUAUCGCCCUUUCUCGAGAUUCUGUCUCUCAUUUCCUUCAAUUCAUUCUGUAAAUAUAUCUUUUAUCUUCUGACCAAUUCGUUCUUGAAACCCAUCACACCAUCGGACUUUCGUUUUUGUUUUCAGUCCUUCGAUCUUUGGUUUUUCCCCUUUUGUAGCUUACUUUUUGAAAGCUAGGCCUGUUGGAUGAGUGGCCGUUUCUUUGUCUAUGUCUAUUAUUGCUAAUCGGACAUCACUAUUCACUCGAGUUGAUUUUUCUUCUCCAUAUCUAUCAUGUGUACGACAUGUUGUCACUCUGCAAUUACAACUAUCGACCUAUUUAACAGGCCAACUAUCCGUACUGCCAGAAAAGAAACAGGAGCGGAUUUCUGCGGCAACACGCGCGAUGGACGCGACGUCGACGCGUCCUCCGAAUGUGAACGUGAUCGCCUCCUUUACAUCCUUUACCUUUCUUCGUCGCGCUGCACAAUUGAUCAAUGG